AGUCAGGUUAUAGGCUCCUUUCUUUUUUUUAAUUGAUUUUCUAAUAUUCAUAUUGAUUCACCAGUUUUACCAUCUCCAGAUAAUGGGAAAAGUUAUUUUCAUGCCUGGUUUUAUACUGUUUUACAGUGACUGAUCAGGAAGCAGGGGAGGAUUAUCCGGUAAGCAAGGUAAGCACGGUGCUUACUCUGUUUAUCAGAUCAUCCGUAGUGAACAGUUUUGCAUUUUUUUUACUACAUCAAAGAUUAAGCCUCUGGGUAUGGCUGACACCUGUCUCUCUCCCAACCCCACAGAACCUUCCUACAGAAUCAAAGCCUCUCUUCAAAUUUACAAUCCCUGACAGGGACAGAUGACCCGGUAAGCAAGGAAACAUAAUUGGAGAAGGAGCAGCUUCAAGCAUUGCCCCUGGGUUCAGCACUCAGAUGAGGGGCCCUUAACAAAGACCCGUCGUGGACUGGGGCUCUGAUGCAGUCUGCUCACUCCCAUAUUUUAUAAGCGACAUUUUCAAACUAUGUGAAGACCCAUCUUAGGAAGAUUUAUUCCUUUGUGAUGGAGAAAUAUGAAAAAAUUGGGAAAAUUGGCGAAGGAUCCUAUGGAGCUGUUUUCAAAUGCAGAAACAGGGACACGGGUCAGAUUGUGGCCAUCAAGAGGUUUCUGGAAUCAGAAGACGACCCUGUCAUAAAGAAAAUCGCCCUCCGUGAAAUCCGCAUGCUCAAGCAACUCAAGCACCCCAACCUUGUCAACCUCCUUGAGGUCUUCAGGAGGAAACGGAAGCUUCACUUGGUGUUUGAGUACUGUGACCACACAGUUCUCCAUGAGUUGGACAGAUACCAAAGAGGGGUACCAGAACAACUCGUGAGGAGCAUAACUUGGCAGAUACUGCAAGCUGUAAAUUUCUGCCAUAAACACAAAUGCAUCCAUAGAGAUAUAAAGCCAGAAAAUAUCCUCAUUACAAAACGCUCAGUGAUUAAACUGUGUGACUUUGGCUUUGCUCGGCUUUUGACUGGACCGAGUGACUACUACACAGAUUAUGUUGCUACCAGGUGGUACCGCUCCCCUGAGCUGUUAGUGGGGGACACACAGUACGGCUCCCCAGUAGAUGUUUGGGCAAUUGGCUGUGUCUUCGCUGAGCUGCUGUCAGGUGUGCCUCUGUGGCCAGGAAAAUCAGAUGUGGAUCAGCUCUAUCUGAUUAGGAAGACCCUGGGGGAUCUCAUUCCUAGACACCAGCAAGUAUUUAGCACAAAUCAGUAUUUCACUGGUGUGAAAAUCCCAGACCCUGAAGAUAUGGAGCCACUUGAAUUAAAGUUUCCAAACAUCCCUUAUUCUGCCCUGGGGCUCUUGAAGGGCUGUCUCCACAUGGACCCUGCUGAGAGACUGACGUGUGAGCAGCUGUUGGAGCAUGCAUAUUUUGACAGCAUCAGAGAAAUAGGAGUUUUGGCAAAAGAACAUGAAAAACCGACCAGAAAGACCCUAAGACAGAGCCAAAAGCACUUGCCUGGGGUAAAAAUGGUACAUUGUUUUACAGAAGCAGCCAAGGUUACAGUUUCAAAUGAUCUUUAUCUGCCCUUGGCUUGGCACAGAAAGUCUGAACCAGGAGACUUGAGGGUGGUUAAGUGUGGCCUGUAGCUACAGCAUCCUCGUUCCAGCGCUAGGAGACAGGCCACAUAAUCUAUCAACCUGGGCUCCAGAGAGAGCUACAUGCUCCCUGAAUCCUAAAGGUAUCCUUGUCUUGUAGUUUCCUGCUGCCACACAAGGACCAGGGCUUCUGGCAUGUAUGGGUACAGGUCUCAGUCAGGUACACAAGUGUGAGUCUAGCUGAGUGUGCAUCUUGUGCUUUGGAAAAUAAGAUUUAUCCCAGGCAGCUUCUUCUCGUCUGUGACUCCCCAUCAUGUUUGCCUUCAGUAUUGACAUUCCAGUUUUUGCCAAAAAACGAACUUGUUUUCCUCCCUGAUCAUUUAAAAAUAACCUUCAGAGCUGGCUUAGGAAAAUACAGUGAUGAGUUCUCUCAGCGAUAUCAGCAGAAUGGCACAUUUAACUGGAGAAUAGCAUCCACACUGCACCCUGGGGGCCUGUGAAGAAUCAUGGUUGGCAUAAAGUGGCAAAAAGGCCUUACAUUUUGGCUUAUCCAUUCUUGUCCAUAAGCCAAAUCAAACCAAAACCAAACCCAGUGCUGUCAAUUCCGACUCACAGUGACCGUAUAGGACAGGGUAGAACUGCCCCAUAGAGUUUCGAAGGAGCACCUAGCAGAUUCGAACUGCCGACCCUUGGAUUAGCAGCCGUAGCACUUAACCACUAUGCCACCAGGGUUUCCCAUAUGCCACCAGGGUUUCCCCACAAGCCAAAAAAAAAAAAAGCUGUAAUAAUUUAGAGUGCGCUGUAGUUGGAACCACAGCUAAAAUGGGCUGGCUACUCCUGGUUACUUCUAGAUUUGCCUAGGUACCCUUUUAGCUAUGACUCAUCUCGCUCUAACCUUUCCCUUUGCAGAGCUGACCCCAUGAGCAGCUUCCACUGCUCAGCAUUCCAUGACAUCUGGGUGGUGUGAGUGCAGUGUGGAGAAGGGAAGGGUAGGGAGUCCACUAGGGACAGGAACGGCCUUCAGGUAGACCAGAGUUAAGAAAUUCAGGAUUUUUAAAAUUUUAUUCUCCAUGUAACUCAAGUAGCAAAACAGGCUGGAAAUAGACUUUUCUUCAGAGUUACCCCUUAUCUUGCUGUUACUGUGUGUUUAAAAGCGUCUUGAUGAAAAUCUCUCUGCUUGAAAGAGUAGGGGAACUGCACUAAUUGGUGUAUUGCUCUUAGGUCUUGAAGGAGUCCACUGUUUGAUUUAAAAGUACCCUCCUUUUCAGAUACCAGGAAACCCUGGUGGCUUAGUGGUUAAGUGCUACGGCAGCUAACCAAAUGGUCGGCAGUUGAACCUGCCAGGUGUUCCUUGGAAACUAUGGGGCAGUUCUACUCUGUCCUAUGGGGUCGCUGUGAGUCGGGAUCGACUUGAUGGCACUGUGUUUGGUUUGGGUUUUUUUCAGAUACCUAAAGCAAUACAGUGUCCUCUCCUUUUCAUUUGGCACUGACAAUAAAGUCAAACAUUUUCUGGCAGCACAGACGGAACCGUUUUGCCUUUUUAAACUAAGUAAACAAAUCCCCUACAUACGUGAACAUCAGUUUUCUCUGCUGUAAGUCACGGAGUUGGGUUAGAUGCCUGCAAACUCUCCACUCUGAUGAAUCGAUGCUUUUUCUAAAAAUGUUUACAUGCAGAUUUUUCCUUUUUCAUAUUCUCUAAAUUUUCUUUAAUGUGCAUGUUUUGCUUUUUAAUACAAAAAAGCAAUAUAAAAUAACCAUUUAAAAGGAAAAGCAGAGACCAAAUAUAAACAUUUUUGUCCUCACUCAGGUCCUAGACUCUGCAGAAAAAGAUAUUUCUGUGCAGAAAACAUUAUUUAAUUACCUCUUCCGUGAUGUACUCUCAGUAAUGAAAUAAAUCGCAUGACGCAGUUUUGAG